GCGGCUGCCGCCAGGGAGGGGCCCGCGGCGGGAGGAGGGAGCCGCCUGGGCGCCGCCGCGGAGGGGCGAGACAGAGUACCUGCAUGUCAGGAUGGCAACGUCAAAUCUGGAGAACCAGUUACACAGUGCCCAGAAGAACCUACUGUUUCUCCAGCGAGAACAUGCCAACACACUGAAAGGUCUGCAUGCUGAGAUUCGUCGCCUGCAGCAGCACUGCACAGAUUUAACCUAUGAGCUGACUGUAAAAAGUUCAGACUUGACAGGAAAUGGUAGUUCAAGAAGUGAUGAGCUUAAAAGGAAGUGUGAAGAACUUGAAGCUCAGCUGAAAGUCAAAGAGGCUGAAAAUAAUGAAUUAUUGAAAGAACUUGAACAAAAGAAUGCUAUGAUAAUGGUGCUGGAAAAUACUAUUAAAGAAAGAGAAAAGAAGUAUUUAGAAGAGUUAAAAAUGAAAAGCCAUAAGCUAAGUAUGCUGUCGAGUGAACUAGAGCAGAGAGCGAGUACCAUUGCUUAUUUAACUUCUCAACUACAUGCUACCAAGAAGAAGCUGAUGAGUUCAAGCGGGGCUUCGGAGGGGACCCCUUCUGGCAGUCCAGUAUUGUCCAGCUACAAACCAGCCCCUCCCAAAGACAAACUGCCUGAGACUCCACGACGCAGAAUGAAGAAGAGUCUGUCGACACCGCUCAACCCCGAGUUUGAAGAGGCCUACAGAAUAGGGUCGGAUAGCCGGAAGCUGCUCUUACGAGAGCCCGUGGAUGCCAUGCCUGAUCCCACUCCGUUUUUGUUGGCCAGGGAAACUGCAGAGGUACAUCUUAUUAAGGAGAGGCCAUUAGUUAUUCCACCCAUUGCUUCGGACCGUGCAUCUGGUGAAUCGCACAGUCCAGCCCGAGAGAAGCCGCACAAGGCCCACAUUGGGGUGGCGCAUCGAAUUCACCAUGUCGCACCGUCCCAGCCCCAGCCGGAGGUGGAAACACUGGCAGUGGAUCAGUUUCUCUUUCUCAAACCCCUGAGUAGGACCAGUGAGAAACAACGGCUCCCACACGCUGCUAAGCUUAUGACGUGCCUUCAGCGACUUGGAACGCAUGAUGGUUGUUAAUGCUGAUGAAAGACCCCUAUCUGCCCUCUUCCCUUCCCCUUGCCAGCUGUAGUCUGCCCCUUCUAAGCUUUUGCUGCAGCUGUGUGUUGCUGUGUCCUCUGCCCCAGAGCCUUGGAUAACUAUGUGUCAGCUUCCCCAACAAAGGCACUAGCAGGAGUGACGCUAACUGUGGUACUGCUAAAUUUCCUGUGCAGCAUGAUACCUUACAGCAGGGUUGUUCCCCAUCAGUGGUGGUUUGGAAUAUCCACUAGCCCUAACGCCCUGUACACCCUCACGCCUCAGUCGCUUGGUAUUUUGAAGCCCAGGAACCACUCUUUGGUCUUGCACCUUGCAGGUUGUGUGGGUUUUGUUUUAUAAAUGGUGAGGAGGGAUAGGGAAAAGCUGUGUUCCUGGAAAAUGGUUGGUUAAAGAAAGGUGGUGAUUCUAUGGUUUUCCAUUUUUAAGUGUAUUGCUUUAACCAGCAGUGGUUUUGACAUUUUUGUUGCCAUAUUUUUAUCGUGAUUUACUGUAUGACUGAACUACCCUGCCACUUGUUCAAGGAUGAUGGAAGGCAUCUCUUCUAAGCACAGCAGAAGUGAUGCUUUGGGCAAUUAAAAACACUUCUUACAACCAUA